CGGGAGGGUUGGCAGACGUGGCGGAGGUAAACAAACCUGAGCAUGGCGGGACGAGUGUGGGCAGGGUUUUCAGAGGCGGACAUCAAGCAGGUGCAGCGAGGCAGUGGGCCGAGAGGAGGAGGAGGAGGGCCGACACAGAAGCCUGCCAGGAUCCUGCGAGGGGGACGAGGGUUGCAGCGUGGCCUCCUUGGCACCUCCAGGGGGUCGGUGGCCUCCUCCACUCAGUACACACCCGUCCCAGCCCAGGCCAGGCUAUCCCAGUGCGAGGGCACAGACUCCCCCCAGUCCCUGUCCAGCCAACAGACGCCUGAGUCCUCCCCGGCAGCCACCCCGUCCCCUGUGCCACCCUCACCCUGCGUCUCCCCCACAGGCAGCCACACCCACCCAAAGAGCGUUAAGAUCAAACUAGGAGAAAACAACUCAUAUGAAGUAAUACCAAGUGGCGCCCCUGGGUCCCCCUCCUCCCCCAGGACCGAUGGGGAGGGGGAGGCGGAGGAAGUGGAGGAGACGGAGGAAGAGGAGGAGAAGUCGACGGAGGAGUUUUUCUUUGACAAGGGCGGAGGAGGGAGCGAGGAGGAGGGCGCCCUUUUGAGGAGCAUACAGGAGAGGCAGAAGGAGAUGGAGGAACAGAACAAGAAGAGGAAGGAACUGCUGAUCAAGGCCAUUGCUGACAGGAGUCGGCGAACACAGUCGGAGGCUCAGAAGCUCAAGCAUAUCCAGGCAGAGUUGGCACGGUUGGACUCCCUUCUCUCCUCCGAUGUGUCUAUCCUGAGGGACCAGAUUGAGAGUGCCAGCCAGGACUUCAAUGAGGCUCAGAAGAGGUACGAGAGGGCCGAGAGGGAGUUUAUCGAGGCCAAGCUCCAGCUGUUUAACCGUCUAGAGCGCAAGGAACUGCUAACCGAACACCUGUGUCGUAUUAUUGAGGCCAAUGAACGCAGGAAAGCUGUGAAAUUGUCCGAGUUGAUGGCACAGCUGGAGAUGGUGGACUGCGUGGGGGACCUGCCUGCACCCCCACCCCCCUCCCAGUGCCUGCCACAGCUUGCCUCCCUGGACGAGGUGACCUACGCAGCCUGCACAACCCUCAAGCACCCACAUAAGGCCACACAGGCACUGCAGGCUGGCUUGGCACGGGUCAAUGGAAACUUGAGUGUGGAGGAGAUCAGGAAAGCCACGGAGAUGACACAAAAGGAGGAGGAGGAGGAGGAAGAGGUAAAGGAGGAGGAGGAUAAGGGGGAGGAGGAGAAGUGUGUAGGGAAAAGGAAAGAAGAAGAUGAGGAGGAGAAGAAAGAGGAAAGUUAGGAGAGAGAGAGGAAGAGGAAGAUAAGAGGAAAGAUUUAGUGAAAGAGUAAGGUGACUAGGAGGAGGAGAAGGAGGAAGAGGAAAGAAAAAGAAAAGAAAUAUAAAGGGUUAAGUUUGUUUAUUGUUUUUGUUAUUGAGAGAGAGAAGAGAGAAAAGAG